UAUCACGUCUGGAAUUAAGGAUGGUGGUGAAAGUGUAUUUCACGUCGGUGACCGGAUCUCGGGAGAUAAAGUCUAAACAAAGUGAGCUGAUGCGCAUCCUGGAUAGCAAAUGCAUUGAAUAUGAGAGAGUGGAUAUCUCUGUAGAUGACAGUGUCAGAACAGAAAUGAGGGAGAAGUGUGGGAACCCCAAAGCCAUUCCACCUCAGAUCUUCAGUAAUGACCUGUAUUGCGGGGACUAUGAAGAGUUUUCAGCUGCAGUCGAAAAUGAUAUAUUGAGCCAGUUCCUGAAGCUAAAAGAUUAGAUUCUCUGAUGCAGAACCUUCUUUUUUACAUCUGUGCAUUUAGGCCCACCCCCUGCUUUUUUCACCCAUAAAGGUGUAAAAUUGAAACAGGUUAUUCAUUCCGUCUUUUCCUCUACAUUCCGAAAUCUCACAUUCUUGCACCUCAUUCAUUCCUGGGAUACUGGAAGAACCCACACUGUUAUUCUGUCUUUUGCAAAACCACUCCCCCCUGCUGGCAGUUAAGGGAUCUUAAAAAACGUUAUUGUUUAUGCCUUCUUAACUCAUUCCGUGUUUUUCCUGCCAAAAAGAAAGGGAGAAUGUCUUCCAGCACAUCAGUAAAGCUGUUCACAUUGUUUUCAUUUAAAAAAUAAAAACAUAUCUGUUCCAAACUAAA